GGCUGGCUUCGGCCACUUCGUAGAUCAUCGGGAUCGUCGUCGGUUGUCGUCAUCGUAGUUCGCCAUUGCUGUCUUUACAGACGAAUUUUCUUUGGGGUGUUAACGAAUAUUACGAACAAAAUGUUGAACCAAAUAGUGCGGCCACUUGUGCGUCAGGCUGCAACGAAAGGAGCACGCUCUUAUCAUCCUCCAUCCACUCUAAAAAACACAACCAUGGAUGAUUUACCCAAACCACAGGGAUCAUGGCAGAAAUAUCAUGAAGAGCAACAAAAAAAAUUUAAUAUGCAGUUAAUUGCUGGGAUUGCUCUGUUUACUGCUACAUUCACUUUUGCUCAACUCAAUGGCUUCUUAUACUUGAAUUACUAUCCUCCGACUCCUAAGGAAGAAAAGUAAAGGUGGUGCUGUGUAAAAUUAUGUAGGCUAUUAAGUAACUAUUCGUGCUAUUGUAUGACAGCUGUUUGGAUCCCUGGAUAAAGGUUUAGGGAUAUUGAAUUAGUCGUUUCAUUUCCGGCUGAAUAAACGCUGUUAAUAUUGUAUA